CGGGCGUGUUGGGGGUGGGGAGCUGAAAGUCGGUUCUGACAGAAGACCGGCAUUGCAAUAACGGAGCGCGGCGUGAUGCAUUUGAGGAAGCGAGUGGGACUGGAGAAGACCUCUGCCUUGGAUACUAAAGUGGUAUUGGUAGUUUAAGUAGAUACAGCGAUCCCAUGCCUCAGACUUCCAGAACAUGGCAUCUCACUGUGGGAGCCUUUGAUCUGUGUUCCUAGCUACAUCCGCUGAGUAGGUGGUGGAAAAUGAGUUCAAAGAGACGAGGACGAGCCAACGGAGGAGGUAGAAGACAAGGGAGAGGAGGAGGAGGAAGAGGAAAAGGAGGUGGUGGUGGUGAUGGUAGACCUUCUUGCAAGCAUCAAGCUAGUGGAAGCAGAAAAGGCUCAGAUGAAUGUUGGGAUUAUGGUGAUGACUUCUGUGUUUUCGAUCGAGCAAAAGAUGUAGACAGUGUGCCAAGUGUUAACAAAGGAAAUGAACGGACCAGACCUGGAAACAAAGCCAAGAUGCCUCUUCAGACUCUGCAUAUGACUUCAGAGAAUCAGAAGAGGGUGAAAGAACUUCUUCGUGAGCUCCAAGGCCAAGAUCUCCCUGCUGGUUCAGAGGUACUUGCAUCAGGGGGAGAUGAUUGUGAUGAACCAGAUCACUUGGAUGAUGAGCAGAGUUUCUCAGAAAACGAGUUCGCUUCUAAAACUACCACAAGUGCUUCUUUUCAACCACCUCUGAACCACAUCUCAGAGACUGAAGUGUCUUCUUUUGCUGUGAACAAACUUUCCAGGUACGGCUUUGAUGGCGAACGAUGCCAAGCAGUUCUGAAGUCCUAUAAUGGUAACAUUGGGGCAUCACUGGAGCAUCUGCUGUUGCAGUGCUUCUCAGAAAAAUUUGGACAGAGGAUGCAGAUCACAGAAAAAGCUGCUCAGACAUCUAUUGAAAACUGUUUGGAACAAAGACAGGAAGAGGCUUUUGCCCUCAGUUCCAUCUGUGGUGACAAAUUUGUGGAAAGAAUUCAAAACAAAGUUUGGACAGUUAUGUUGAACCUGACGUACCUCACAGUUAUUCUCAGUCAGUCAAAACGAAGGAAUGGCAAUAGCAACAAUGGGCUCAAAUCGGCUUCCUUGGAAGUUUGUAAACAUUACCUCCGAGGAGAUUGCAGGUUUGGAUCAAAGUGCAGAUUCAAGCAUGAACGUUCACACCAGCAACAAGGGCUCCCGAGCAUUAAAGAAGAUGCUCAUCUCAGAAUGAAUAUUCCUGUGUAUGAACUUGAAAUAAGAUUUCCGGAGGGUAACAAAUAUCCCUACCAGCCACCCCUUGUGGCAUUCUAUUCUACGAAUGAGAACUUGCCUCUGGCUUGUCGGUUACACAUUGCUGAAUUCCUGUAUGAAAAGGCCUUAACGGCAUCAGAGUCUAAUGAACCUGUGGUUUAUGCUUUUGUAACAUGCUUAGAGGAUGAAGCUGAGGUAACAAAAUUGCUUACAAAGACUUCCCACAGAUACAGUGUCCCUCCUCUGCUGACCACGCCUUUGGCAAGAAUGCCAGCUGAUGUUGAUAAGCGAGCACUUUCAAAUAGCUCAUGUGUUUCAUAUCAGAACUCUGAAGCUACAAAAGAAUUAGUAUUGGAAGAAGAGGAAGAGGAUGGGGAGGAACCACAGCGUGUUCACGUAGAGAGUGAGAGUUACGUGAACUUCAAAAAGAGUCUUCUGAGGAGAUGCAGCACUGAAGCAAUGGCCACUGGCAAAGAGAUUGCUAAAAUCUGCAAACAAUUCAGCUUAAAGAAGUCUUCUAGGCACUACCAGGCUAUGUUGCAAGAAAGACAAAAGCUUCCUGCAUGGGAAGAGAGGAAAACCAUUCUUAGCUUGCUGAACAAACAUCAAGUCUUGGUUGUUAGCGGUAUGACUGGAUGUGGGAAGACCACUCAGAUUCCUCAGUUUAUCUUAGAUUCCUCAUUAGAAGGACCUCCCAGUAACGUUGCCAACAUCAUCUGCACCCAGCCUCGGAGGAUCUCUGCCAUUUCUGUGGCUGAACGAGUAGCCAAGGAGCGAAUGGAGAGAAUUGGGGUCACAGUUGGAUACCAGAUCCGGCUAGAAAGUGUCAAGUCUUCAGCUACCCGGUUGGUAUACUGUACUACUGGAGUGCUUCUGAGAAGACUGGAAGGGAACCUGACUUUACAAGGAGUCACCCAUGUUAUUGUCGAUGAGGUACAUGAGAGGACCGGAGAAAGUGAUUUCUUGUUGCUGGUUUUGAAAGAUAUAAUGGUUCAGAGGCCAGAUCUCCGUAUCAUUCUAAUGAGCGCAACUCUGAAUGCAGAACUCUUCUCUCAGUACUUUAACUCCUGUCCAGUUGUUAACAUACCAGGCAGGACAUUCCCUGUUGAUCAGUUUUUUCUGGAAGAUGCAAUUGCAAUGACAGGGUAUGUCUUGGAACAUGGCAGUCCAUACAUGCGUAGUUCAAAAAAACAACCUGGCCAGAAGCCCCAAGCAAGGCACGUCAGGACUGCUGCAGAAGAGGUGGAGGAAGACCUGAGGCAUGCCGGCCUCUUGCAGAGUACGGACGUCGGCAGAUUUAAGGAUUCAGACCCUGAUCAGCAGUUAACGUUCCAUCAGCUGCUGAUACGCUACAAAGGUCUCAGAACUUCAGCAUUAAAAACAAUGGCAUCCAUGGAUUUGGACAAAAUAAAUUUAGAAUUAAUUGAGGCCUUAUUGGAGUGGAUUGUCAGUGGCUCACAUUCUUACCCACCAGGUGCUGUACUGAUAUUUUUGCCAGGCUUGGAAGAAAUUAAAACCCUUUAUAAACAACUGCAAUUUAACGCACUCUUCAAUAACCGGCACAGCAAGCGCUGUCUGGUUUACCCACUCCACUCGUCACUUUCCAGUGAAGAGCAACAGUGUGUGUUCCUGAAGCCUCCUGAGGGGGUGACCAAGAUCAUCAUAUCUACAAAUAUUGCAGAAACGUCCAUUACGAUCGAUGAUGUGGUCUAUGUGAUCGAUUCAGGCAAGAUGAAAGAAAAGAGAUUUGAUCCAAGUAAAGGCAUGGAAAGCCUGGAGGAGACAUUUGUGUCCAAAGUGAACGCCGUGCAGAGGAAAGGGCGAGCAGGUCGUGUCGCCUCUGGAGUUUGCUUUCAUCUCUUCACUAGUCAUCAUUAUAACCACCUCCUUUCAAAACAGCAACUGCCUGAAAUCCAAAGAGUGCCUUUGGAACAGCUCUGUCUUCGAAUUAAGAUUUUGGAAAUGUUCUCCACACAAAGCCUUCACUCUGUUUUAUCACGUUUGAUUGAACCACCCACGGGGGAAUCUCUACGAGCCUCAAAAGUGCGGCUGCAGGAUGUAGGAGCUUUAAUGUCGGAUGAAAAGCUCACUCCCUUGGGAUAUCAUUUGGCUUCCUUGCCUGUUGAUGUAGGGAUUGGGAAGCUAAUGCUGUUUGGCACCAUAUUCCGCUGCCUGGAUCCGGCACUGACUAUAGCAGCGAGCCGAACCUACAAGACCCCUUUUGUCUCUCCAUGGAACAAAAGAGAGGAAGCAUUCAUCAAAAAACUGGAAUUUGCAGUAGGAAACAGUGAUUAUCUUGCUCUUCUCCAAGCAUAUAAGGGAUGGAGCCUAGCUUCAAGAGAAGGCUGUCAAGCAAGUUUCAACUUUUGCAGACAAAACUUCUUAUCAGAAAGCACUUUUCAGGAAAUGGCACGUUUAAAAAGGCAGUUCACUGAGCUACUGUCUGAUAUUGGGUUUGUGAAGGAGGGACUCAGAGCCAAAGAAAUUGAGAGGAAGUGGUCUCACAGAGGUGAUGGUGUUCUGGAUGCUACAGGAGAAGAGGCCAAUGCCAACUCAGAGAAUGUCAAGUUGAUCUCUGCCAUAUUAUGUGCUGCACUGUAUCCCAAUGUAGUUCAGGUGAAAAUUCCAGACGGGAAGUAUCAGAAGACCAGUGCAGGAGCUGUUAAGAUGAAACCAAAACCUGGAGAGCUGAAAUUUGUUACAAAAAAUGAGGGCUAUGUCCACAUUCAUCCAUCCUCUGUAAACUAUCAGACCAGGCACUUUGAGAGUCCCUACUUGGUGUAUCAUGAGAAGAUAAAAACCAGCCGGGUGUUCAUUCGAGACUGCAGCAUGGUGUCGGUCUACCCACUGAUCUUGUUUGGAGGAGGCCGUAUUAAUGUGUACCUCCAGAAGAACGAGUUUGUGGUUUCCCUGGAUGACGGGUGGAUUCGGUUUGUUGCAGCUUCACACCAGGUGGCAGAAUUAGUAAAAGAACUUCGGAGUGAGCUUGACCAGCUACUCCAGGAUAAAAUAAAAAAUCCCAGCAUGGAUUUAUUCACCUGCCCCCGUGGAUCUCGUAUCAUUAGCAUGAUUGUGAAGCUUGUGACAACACAGUAACUUCAGCUACAGAGGAUUUAUUACAAAGACUGACCAGCAACACUUGCUUGGAAGCAGAAUCCAGGGAACAUGGAUAGAAGCACCACUGAUCAUUGUAGGGUGUGACAAAGCGGCUAAAGUCACUCAAGAGGCAGAUCCCAAAGCCACUACAGAGUUCAGGGGGCUAGAGAAAAAGGUAGUUGACAAGUGGAAAAGCUUGUGUAUUUUAAUGCAACAUAAAGCAUUUCUUUACUAAAAUUACCCUUCUCCAAGUAAUGAAAAAGUUGAAGAUUGCUCUCAAUAAUAUGGUUAUUUUCCCCUCCUCUAAAGCAUGCCAGUCCUUUUCCUGUUAAAGAAACUGUUCGUAUGUUGGUUUAGCUUUGCUCUUACAAAAGAAAACUGGAACAGAUAAAUUUCCUUUAUUCUGCAAACAAGAUAAAAAUCAAUCCUUGCUUGCAAUAUUAUCAUAGGAUUUGAAGUAGGCAGAUUUGCAGUGGGAAAUCUAUUAUUAGAGUUUGGGAUCUGCAGCAGGGUUUUAUCAAAGGUAUAAAGUCUCAUUUCCUGAAUUCAGGGCACAUUCAUAUGUAUGAUCAUCUAGGAGAACUGGUAGUCCAAAUGUGGGCAGGUGGGGUAUAUGUGGCUUAGGUAUGGUGAUUAAGUUAUCUGAUUGCUGAUCGGCUGAAGCCUCUUGGACAAAGGCUGGGCAGUGGCUUGAUGGGUUUCCCUGGGCUGGUGAUUGAUUUCUGUAGGAGGUUAUAUUUUGAAGGAGGCUCUGGGCCUUCAGGAUAUUGUCUGGAUUACUCAUUAGCCAUGGAUUUGAAGGAGCUGUAGACAAACCACCUUUAAUCAGUGUGCUUCCUGGAAACAUUCCAGCCAUUGGAAUACAUCUAAUUGGGGAUGUCCAAGGGAAUUCCUGCCAGUUUCAAGGCACCCUCUCUUGAUAUCAAAACUGGCAAUAAAGUUAAAGGGUCUUUUGAGAUGAUCAAAUGCAGAGGUCUCAGGCAAGAGGCAACUUCAUAGGUAACAGAGAAACCUUGGAAAAAGGGUAUCUUCCACCUGCUCUCUGACAUGGUACAGAACAUUCUUCUCUUGUCAUUCUGCUGCAUGUGUAGAUCUGAUAAGAGAACCCAAGCAAACCAUGAAAGGGCAUCUGCUAGCUCAUCUUGAGUCCAUGGGUUCUGAACAAGACCCAGGCUUCCUACAGGAGUUGUUCCGAAAAAAAUGGCUGAUGAAUUUCAGAACAGGAUUUACUUUAGUACCGUUUCUUAUGCUUUGUAGCCUUGGGCAGCCUGGCAGCUUUUUAUACAACAGGCCCAGUCCUCUGGCACACAGCGCAAUUACAUUGAUGAAUUUCAGUAGUAUGACAAUAAAUUUGUACCUAAUAAUUCUAUGUAAUAAAGACUUGUCUUUUGGGAGGAAAAUAUCUAAAUGAGUAUGCAGUUAGUUCUGGUAAUAAAAAUUGAUCAGUGUAUUGUCAGAAAAUCUACUGUGAUUUUUUAUCACUUGUGUUGUACAUUGGUUGAAAUGGCAAGUAAUGAGCUCUACAAAUAAAUGGUGAUCACUAAAA